UGUUCUAGAAGCUGUGACAAUUUUACUAAUGAGGUCUACGAACGCAGAAACGUCCCUGGACCAGAGUAGAAAUGAUCGAGUGCCGUUCCAAGUUACUGUUGUUCCAGCUUCCAGCCCGAUUGCGCAUAAUUCGACACCGUGGAAAAUCGAAAUAGACGACGAUGACGACGACGACGAUGACGAGGACGAGGACAGUGAAAGAACAAUGGACGCCGAUGAAAGCGCAAUAUUUUACAGUCCUCCUUCGGGGAGAAAAGUGAUCGACGAUCCAACAGUUGACUCGGUAAAGACAGUUUUGGUGCCUGUCAGAGACCCAGUGACGAAGGAAAUUAGGAACAUGUUGGUGCCUGUUGAAGUUAGGGACGAGUCUGGAUUGAACAUAAUUAAAAGUGUGCUGAUACCAUUUCACGGAGAGGAUGGAUUAAUGUCUUACGAAAUCAAAAAGGUUGUAGUACCCAUCAAGCCGGAAUUGAGCUUCCCUCAAAAGAAAAGACCUAAGAAUAAAUUAUUAGCGAAUAAAACUAAAAGCAAGCAAGUGACUUGUAAGAAAGAGGAGGAGAAACGAAACGAAGAGAAACAGAAAGAAAGAAAGAAGGUGAUAUUAGAGAAUAAGGUGAGAAAACGAGAAGGAAAGGAACGAAAGCAACCGGAAAAGAGGAUAGAGAAGGAAACGGAAAAAAUGCCAGAAUCGGAAGGAGAAAGUGUAUUAGAAACGAAUGCUGCGAAAGAGGAAGUGGAUCAAAUAUUAGACACUCUGCGAAACAUUUGUCCUUUUUGUCAGAAACAUUUUAAAGAUGAAGAUCAAAUGCAAAAGCACGUUCUUAAGACACACAAGAAACCGUACAACUGCGACAAGUGCCAUAAAGGCUAUUUCUCUGACUUCGCCUUGGAGGAACACCAGAAAACGCACGAAGUGGUCUCGUUCUACCAGUGUUCCGUUUGUCAAAUGCAGUACAAAACCAUGACUGGCCUAAAGCAUCAUCAGAUCCGCGAGCACAGUGACAUAGACCCGAAAUUCACCUGCGACUACUGUGGGAAACGAUUCAAACUAAAGUUGGACUUGGGUCUUCAUAUCGACAGGUCUCACAUGAACGUCUCCCACAUUUGUAGAUUCUGCGGCAUGGCCGUGAAAAACAUAGUGCAUCACGAGCUGAAGCACGAGAAGAAUAAGAAAGUCAGCUCUCUGUACCGUUGCAGCAUCUGUCCCAGAAAGUUCAAAGCGUGGAACAGUUUGGAAAACCAUUUGCUGAUGAAGCACAAAGCUCCGAAGGAGGGAUCUGACAUGUUAAGGACGCUGUGUGAGAAGAAGUUCCAAUCCAGGAGUGACUUUUAUCAGCACGUGCUCAGUCAAGUAGAGGCUAAGCAACAUAAGUGCGUGGUUUGCGACAAAACUUUCGCCUCUGAGUAUAAUCUUCGAAAUCACGUGACCUUGCAUUCUCAGACUUACCUGUGCUCCCAGUGUGGUAAGAAUUUCACCACGAAGUAUUCGUUGAAGCUGCAUCUUCGCAAGCACACCGGAGAACGACCGUAUCAGUGUAAAAUAUGCUUGAAGACAUUCGCCAGAUCGGCUUCUCUUAGGGUACAUAGGCUAACUCAUACAGGAGAAAGACCGUACGUGUGCGAUUUGUGUGGUCAAAGUUUCACUCAGAGAGGUAGCAUGAUGGCGCAUCGACGCAAGCACCCCGGAAGCCAUCCGCCACCGCCACCUCUGAUGCUUAGCAGACUCGAAAAUAACGAGCACUAGUUUUGUUCUAGCGUCAAAGUCUGUGCAUGUUGUAAAGUUAAAAUGUUUAUAUGAUAAUCGAUGUAAAUUUGGGGAAUAUCGUGGUACAAACGGUACAAAGGUGGGGUUACAGAAAAGACACGGUCAUCUAGUUUCACGGGGUUGUAUUACUCUUCAUAAGUCAUUCAGAUUUCGUGUUUGUCAUUCGCAUAAUCGUGUUUGUAAAAUAUCAUCGUCACUCUUUACAUGCAUUUGCAAUAUUGUCCGCCCCGUGUUAAUUUUAUUUAUAAAGGAUUGUAUUUUUAUAACCGACUAAAGGUUGUCUCCUGUGUCGUUAACUUCGU